AAUUUAACAAAGAGAAAUAUCAAUGGAUAUGCAUAGACGAAGCGAUAAUUAACUCCCUUCUUUUUACACUGUUCCCUCGCUUCUGUUCAUUUUUUUUUGACGCAUGUACCCCUAUAGCAUCAAAGGAGUCGUAUUUAGAUUAUAGGGCUGUAUCAUUGCAGACGAACCGAUGCCUCCGAUUCUGCUUCCUCCCCGGUUGAUAGCGUUUGGUCACGAACCUCGCGGCGAGAGGGUUAAUGUUUAUCAGAAGAUGAAAACCCUUUGCGCUAUCUUCAACGCUCUCGACGAUGGUGAACGGCAACAGUUGGAGGUGGCGAAGCCGAACGAGAUUUGGGUGCUAUUUGCCGGAAUUCCUAUUCGUUUUUCUUUGAGAGAGUUCAAGAUUGUUACUGGUUUACCUUGUGGAAAGUAUCCGAGUUUGAAGAAGAAAAAGAAGAAAGGCACUGCGGGGAUGACGAUUCCAUUUUACAGUAAGUUGUUUGGCCUUGAAGAAGAUGUAACUGUAGACCGGGCUAUUACGAUGUUGAAGAAAAGGAUUAUCUCCGAUGCCGAUAUGAGGAUCCGAUGUGCUUGCUUAGCUAUCGUCGAUGGUUUUCUUGUCCCUACCUCUCAUUAUCCUAAGAUUGUUAAAGCUCAUGCCGAAAUGGUUGAGGACGUGGAUGCAUUUCUCGCUUACCCUUGGGGCCGUCUCUCUUUUGAGAUGAUGAUUAAGUCGAUAAAAGAGAGGGAAAUUGAACAAUUGGCAAUUACUUGUUUUAGCGUUCAGGGGUUGGUAUACGCUCUGCAAUUGGUUGUCUUACAGGCAGCUCCAUCUAUUCAAGAUGGACCUGUAAUUGAUGAGAUCAUUGAGUCUGAAUCUGAAGUCGGCGAUGUCGAUGUUGAAGAUGCCCCUCGAGAGUCUGUCCCUUUCAAGCUAGGGAAUGCUAAAGUGUUGGAUAAGAAAUGCUCGAUUCGUGUUGAUACCAUUAUUUGUCCUGAUUUUGUGUUGGAUCCGGAGGAGGAUUUGUCUUGGUCUAAUGAUGAGGAAGAUGAGAAGGUCGAUAAUAUUCUAAUGUUUUAUGGUGAGGGUCUGAUUUUCAAGAAUGACAUGUUUGUUGGUGGAGUUAUCCCAUCCCAGUUGAAAUUAGCUUCAAAAAAACAAAAGCGUGGUGAUAAAUCCAAUGGUAGUCGUACUAGGAAAGCUGCCAAACUAACUAAAAACGGUGGUGUUAGGAGCAGACAAGAAAGACCUAUCCCUGAGGAAGGCGGGAGUUCAGGGGUUCCUUCGUUGGAGUCUAUUUCCCUUUUGUUGGAUGCCAAACUUGAUGGUCAGGCGGAAAAAAUCAUUGCCGCCGUGACUGAUUGGUUCACUAAAAACACUGUUAUUGAAGGCGAAACCUCGAAAGAGCCUGUCAGUGGGUCUACUCGUCCUAAGAAGGCUGCCAACAAUGGUGACGAUGGUGUUUCUAAUUCUGAUGGCCUGGGUUCCAAUGGUGGUAAUGAUGAUUUUGGAUUUGAUUCUCUUCGCCCCUCCCGUGGCCAUGCUCGGUCUCAUAGCCGCGAAGGAACUUCUAAUGUCGAGGCCACUGUGGAUGGAAUUUUAUCUUUCUACUCUGAGAAGGUUUCAACUGGUGUUGGUUGCAAGGAGGCGGGGCGGGAGAAUGCUCUUCCAAUGGAUGAAGAUAUUCUCCCUGCAAGCGAUGUGGUCCAUAAUUCCCAGGGCGUUAACAAUGUUACAGCUGAUGUUGUCCCCCCCACAGAAUGUGUUGUUGAAGAUAACCCCGAGGGCGGUAACAAUGUUACAGGUGAUGUUGUCCCACCCACAGAAUCUGUUGUUGAAAAUAACCCAGAGCCGGAGAACAUUGUCCCAAUGGAUGAAGAUCUCCCCUCCCCAGGUCUGAUCGAUGAUCCGCAGGGCGCUAAGAAUGUUGCAGUUGCUGUUGCCACCCCUCCCCAAGUUGCUGGUGAAGAUGAUUCUGAGGUUAGGGUGCUGACAAUAUUGCAGGCGCUGUUGAACCCACUCUCCAAGCUGGUGGUGAAGAUAAUUCAGAGGCAAGUUGUUACGUUCAAUGCUCUUAGCCGACAGGUGCCGUUGUGCCCCCCCCCCCCGCCUAAUGCUGUAGAGGAAAGCCAGGGUGUCCCUGCGUCGGAUGAUGGUACUGUUGGCGAGGAGACGUCUGUGGGGAUCCCGGAUAUCUCGUCUCGCACUCAAUCUGUUUGUGGGCUUGAUAUUGAUGGGAAGAUUAGUGGUGAACCUCCCAAUGAACCUGCUGCUCUGCCUUCUGAUGGUGGGGUUGUGUGUGAUGGAGAGGCGGUUGAUAUCCCUGAGGCUGUUUCUAUUGAUAUGGCAGCAACUAAUGAUCUAGUUGGGGUGCCCCUUCUGUUGUUUCCUCCCCACGCAGGGGUCCGUACUCUUUCUAGCAAGCUAGAUGGUCGAUUCCAGUAUGAUAAGAAAACGAAGUUGUUAGUUGGUCAUCCAUCCCCUGUUGUCAAUCAAGCUAACGUUUGCGUUGACCCUGAGGAACGCUUCCAAAAUUCACUGAAGAAACUCAAGGCGAUAAGUUCUAUUAGCAUUUAUGGUGGUGUUGCUCUGUCUAAUAAAGAUAUUUUGGAUUUAAUUGACCGGAAGAAAAAUCUUUCAAGCAAGGUUAUGGAUGCUCUCAUCAAGUUUAGUCGUCAUUUGUUGAGGACUGAUGAUGCUGAUGGCGAGAAACUUCGUGUUGAAUUCCUUGAUUCAAAGUUAGUUUCACAAUUCUGCCGUCAAUUCCCUAAGUUUUCCCGAUGCCCGUCCAAAACGGAGUUCCAAUUCCCAGCGCCUCUAAUUGAUCUCCUUUCCGGUGCUGGGGAAUCUGACCGUGUCCAGUUAUUCACGGAGGCUGAUUACUUGUAUCUGCCUUUUAACUUUGACAAGAAGCAUUGGGUAGCUUUAGCUGUUGAUCUUAACUCCCGGAAGAUCAUUGUCUUGGAUUCAAAUAUCCAACGCCGCAAAGAUUCUGCUAUUCAGGAUGAGCUUAUGCCUCUCACAGUAAUGCUGCCAUACCUUUUCAAACAGGCUGCCUUCAAUCCUCUUAUGAGUAACUGUCUGCAGGAUCCAUUUUCUAUAGAGCGUCUUCUUAUCAUUUCUCAGGUUGCUUCACCCCUUGAUACCGGCAUCUUCUCUAUAUUCCUGAUCCAUACUCAUGCUACCGGGGGUGUGUCUAAUGCGUGGAUUUCGAGGUUGGCGGCCUUCAAAGUGAAGUGAAAAAGUUAGUGUCGGCUUUAAUUCUCGCUGGCGGUUACUAGCUAACUCUAAUGUUAUCGAAAUCCUUUUUCAGUGGUGUUUAUGUUCAUCGGAUCCUGUCUCCCCUUCUUCUUUAUUGUGUUUAACUAGGAUUUUAUCCAAACUCUUCCCUUAAUAUCUUUGGAAUUGAACGUUUUAUUAUCGUAGCAUCGUAGUUUAUUAUCUCCUAUCAUAGUUAUCUGUUAUUGAAGAAGUUAACUUGGUAAUAAUAGACUAUCGUUAUC